AUGGCCUUACCUACAUGUUUUGGUAAAUUAAGCUCCGAUACAGCUAAUGUUUGCAGUGGAAGAGGUACAUGCACUGGGCCAGAUAUAUGUCGAUGUGAUGAGCCAUCAUUAUUCGGAGGUUCAGAGUGUGAAAUUGCAUUAUGUGGAGGAUUACUACCAACAGAUCCAAAUGUUUGUAGUGGAAGAGGUAAAUUCAACAUUGCCUUUGGAGGAUUUUCGUGUGAAAAGUCUGGAUUUUCCUGUUUUGGAACACAUGCAGAAAAUUCACAAUCUUGUUCAGGAAAUGGAAUUUGUAUUGAUGCAGAUGUAUGUCAAUGUGAUAAGAAUCAUGUUGGAUUUGACUGUUCCAUACCAAAAUGUUUCAAUAUUUCUGCAACAGAUUCGAAUGUUUGCACUUCAAAGGGAAAGUGUACGAAUGUUGAUACAUGUCAAUGUAAUAGUGGAUAUGUUGGAAAUUCAUGUGAAUAUUAUCAAUUAUCUUCAUCAGAAACAACCAACGUAACAAUUUUGGUUAAGAGGUUGAAUUUUACUUGUUUUGGAAUUGAAAAGACAAGCGCUCUAGUUUGUUCUGGAAAAGGAAGCUGUGAACAUUCAAAUGUUUGGACAUGUUUAGACGGAUAUUUUGGAGAAAACUGUGAACAGACAUCUUGUUUUGGAAUUCCAGCAAAUAAUUCUCAAACUUGCAAUUCAAGAGGAAUUUGUAAAGAUUACAAUCAAUGUGAAUGUUUAAUUAUUUCAAAUAAUACUCUAUUGAAUGGUAGUGAUUGUUCACAAUUGUAUUGUCAGGGAUCUGAUAAUCAAUUUCAUCUUUCCUCAACUCCAGAAUCUUGUUCUGGAAAUGGAAAAUGUACCAUGAAUGGAUGUAAAUGUCAUGGUUGA